AUGCAGAGUUUCAAAAUCGCCCAUCGCCUUAUCUCAUCGGGAAAAGCACUCGAUGCUUCCCGGGUGGCGUUUGUCCCAGCAAAAUCAACUGAUUUACCAGAAAUUGUCGAGUUGUGCGUGUCGAGAUUCAUCCAAAUUGAGCCACAUAUAAAAGCCCUAGGUCUGAGCCGACAAGAAGCGGCCCCAAUUUUCGAGUUAAUCGGCGGGAAUUCAUUGAGAUUUCCCUACUCGUACAAGCUUGUUGAUCAAGAGUCAAAUGAGUUGGUCGGCUUUCGUCUUUUCUCUAUCGGUGAACGUGGCGCCAAAGCUGAUGAUGAGGAGAUAGAUUUGUCACAUUUCAGUCAGAAACUUUUGGCUUUUGCCGAGGUUCUCGAUAGAUUGAAAGGCGAAACUUUCGAGAAACUUCCGCAUAUCAAUAAAAUGUUACGACGGGAAAUCACGUUUGUCGUUCCCGAAUUUCAGCGACAAGGAAUCGCGAAUCGUUUAGCGCAUUAUGGAUUGGAUUUUGAUCAAUUGAAGGCUGACGGAGUGCAGGGUUUAGUCUCCGAGGCUUCAUCACUCGCUAAUCAGAGUCUUCUCGAAAAGAAAGGAUAUCGAAUGGUGGCUCAAGUGCCGCAAAGUGUCUACGAUCGUUUGGGAAUAAAAAUGCACGAUGGGACAACUGCUAUGAAAUCCUUCUUUAGAGAAAUUGACGCCGUCGCGGCUGAUGUUCGAUUGGAAAGGAAAUCAGAUUUCUUU